UUUCGGCUCAGAAGUUUUAUAAAGACCCGAAGAGAGCAACGAGCUUCGGACAUCAUGCGCAGUCCCCUCCACGUGUGUUCAGGUACCUAGCUUCUGGACCUAGACACUUCUCCAAAGACAAACCGGGAAGUCUGGAUGGACCAGAGUCUCGGCCACAAAAGCUUCAAGUGUCGUUUUCCUGCUGAGACAGUCAUCUCUCGGGUGAUCUGCAGGCUUUUCCACGGAGGGAUGGAGAAACGCAAACCGGCGGGACUGCUGGUUCUGCCGUCUCCCUUGCGGACGCCGCUGGGCGCGCUGCCCAGGAGGGAGCCGGGCAAGACCUCCGCGCUCCAGGACGCCGAGGACAGUGCACGGAGACGGCCGUGCCCGACCUUGUCGCUGGGGGGCGUCGGCGAGCCCGCCUUUCUGCGCCAGCGCAACGAGCGCGAGCGGCAGCGCGUGCGCUGCGUGAACGAGGGCUACGCGCGCCUCCGCCAGCACCUGCCGCGCGAGCUGGCCGGCCAGCGGCUCAGCAAGGUGGAGACGCUGCGCGCCGCCAUCGGCUACAUCAAGCACCUGCAGGAGCUGCUGGAACGCCACAGGCCUGACUGCAACAGCGACGGCGAGUCCAAAGCAUCCUCCGGAGCUUCGCCCUGCAGCGAGCCAGAGGAGCGCGGCUAG